CGCUGGAGUCACAGUUGAAUAGACCGCCGUGGUGCGUCAGUGCGCCAUGACGCACAGGUCCUCCAUGUGAUGUGUGGUUGAGGCCGGACUGUGCCGCUGCUGUUAUGGCUCCUCCUGCUCCAGAGAAACGGGGCUAGACGAAAGACCACUGCGAGGCAACGGGAAUAACACACCGCGAUACGUUUUUCGGGAGUCGCGGUGUAAAAUGGCAAACUGUGCAAUGCUGAAGAAAAAGACAUAAAUGAUGAACCCUGCGUCGCCUCUUCUGCUGUGAAGGCUUCGACUUUUCCUCCAGAUUACCAACACCCAAAUGAACUCCGUCAGAGCGAGCAGCGUUAGCAGAAGACCCAGGCGAGUGUCGAGGCCGCGCCCGGUGCAGGAGAGGAACCCCCAGGACAGAGCAGAUGAGGACGAGCCUGCAGAUAUGGUUGCAGAAGAAUCCGGUCCAGGAGCUCAAAACAGUCCAUACCAGCUUAGAAGGAAGUCUCUACCCAAGAGAACAGUGUGUCCAGCGAAGACAAACAUGGAGGGUGCUUCAACGUCGACAACAGAAAAUUUUGGACACCGACCUAAGCGCCCUCGAGUGUCAGGAAAGUGUCAAGACCUACCAGCAGCUCCAGCAGAGCAAUAUUUACAAGAGAAGCUUCCAGAUGAGGUGGUACUAAAGAUCUUCUCCUACCUUCUGGAGCAAGAUUUGUGUCGUGCAGCAUGUGUGUGCAAAAGGUUCAGUGAACUUGCCAAUGACCCUAUUCUCUGGAAAAGGCUAUACAUGGAAGUUUUUGAAUACACACGGCCCAUGAUGCAUCCGGAGGCAGGGAAGUUUUACCAGAUUAACCCUGAAGAGUAUGAGCAGCCAAACCCAUGGAAGGAGAGCUUUCAGCAGCUGUAUAAAGGAGCUCAUGUAAAGCCAGGCUUUGCAGAGCAUUUCUACAGUAAUCCCGCCAGAUACAAAGGCAGAGAGAACAUGUUUUACUACGACACCAUCGAGGAUGCUUUGGGAGGGGGUCAGGAGCCUCACUUUGACGGCUUGAUAUUCGUCCACUCCGGCAUUUACACAGAUGAAUGGAUUUACAUUGAGUCCCCAAUCACAAUGAUAGGAGCUGCUCCUGGAAAAGUGGCAGAAAAAGUCAUCAUUGAGAACACCAGAGAUUCUACUUUUGUUUUUAUGGAAGGCUCUGAGGAUGCUUAUGUCGGAUACAUGACUAUAAGGUUCAAUCCUGAUGAUAAAUCAGCCCAGCACCACAAUGCACACCACUGUUUAGAGAUUACAGUCAACUGCAGUCCUAUUAUUGAUCACUGCAUCAUACGCAGCACAUGUACAGUGGGUUCUGCGGUCUGUGUGAGUGGCCAAGGCGCUUGCCCCACAAUCAAGCACUGCAACAUUAGUGACUGUGAAAAUGUGGGUCUCUACAUCACUGACCACGCACAGGGAAUAUACGAAGACAACGAGAUCUCAAAUAACGCUCUGGCUGGAAUCUGGGUGAAAAACCAUGGCAAUCCAAUAAUCAGACGUAAUCACAUUCACCAUGGCCGAGACGUGGGCGUUUUUACUUUUGACCACGGCAUGGGAUACUUUGAAAGCUGUAACAUCCAUAGGAACCGUAUAGCAGGGUUUGAGGUGAAGGCCUAUGCCAACCCAACUGUGGUCCGCUGUGAGAUACAUCACGGUCAGACAGGGGGCAUCUACGUCCAUGAAAAAGGCCGCGGCCAGUUCAUCGAGAACAAGAUCUAUGCAAAUAACUUUGCUGGAGUCUGGAUCACCUCCAACAGUGACCCCACAAUAAGGGGUAAUGCUAUUUUUAAUGGUAAUCAAGGCGGAGUUUACAUUUUUGGAGAUGGUCGUGGCCUCAUAGAAGGAAAUGAUAUCUAUGGCAAUGCCUUGGCGGGAAUUCAGAUCAGGACCAACAGCUGUCCAAUUGUUAGACACAACAAGAUCCACGAUGGGCAGCAUGGAGGCAUCUAUGUGCAUGAAAAAGGACAAGGUGUCAUCGAGGAGAACGAAGUGUACAGUAACACGCUGGCGGGAGUGUGGGUGACGACAGGCAGUACGCCAGUGCUGAGGAGGAACAGGAUACACAGUGGGAAGCAGGUUGGCGUCUACUUCUAUGACAAUGGUCAUGGUGUACUAGAAGACAAUGACAUCUACAAUCACAUGUACUCCGGAGUUCAAAUUAGAACUGGUAGCAAUCCUAAAAUUCGGCGCAACAAGAUCUGGGGAGGUCAAAACGGUGGCAUUUUGGUUUAUAACUCCGGCUUGGGUUUUAUUGAGGACAAUGAGAUCUUUGACAACGCUAUGGCUGGAGUCUGGAUCAAGACUGACAGCAACCCAACUCUGAGGAGGAAUAAGAUUCAUGAUGGCAGAGAUGGAGGGAUUUGCAUCUUCAAUGGUGGAAGAGGUUUGUUAGAAGAAAAUGACAUCUUCCGAAAUGCUCAAGCAGGAGUCCUCAUUAGCACCAACAGCCAUCCAGUUCUACGGAAAAACAGGAUAUUUGAUGGCUUUGCAGCAGGUAUUGAGAUCACCAAUCAUGCCACAGCCACUCUAGAGGGCAAUCAGAUCUUCAACAAUCGAUUUGGAGGGUUGUUUCUUGCAUCUGGUGUUAACGUUACAAUGAAAGAUAACAAAAUAUUGAACAAUCAAGAUGCCAUUGAGAAGGCUGUUAGCAGAGGUCAGUGCCUCUACAAAAUUUCAAGCUACACCAGCUACCCAAUGCACGAUUUUUACAGGUGUCACACCUGUAACACAACAGACCGCAACGCCAUCUGCGUGAACUGCAUCAAGAAGUGUCAUCAAGGACACGAUGUGGAAUUCAUCAGACAUGAUAGAUUCUUCUGUGACUGUGGUGCCGGGACACUGUCGAAUCCUUGCACGUUAGCCGGGGAGCCCACUCAUGACACAGACACUCUGUAUGACUCAGCUCCUCCUAUAGAGUCCAAUACACUGCAGCACAACUGAGCUCCAGGCCCAUGGGCAGUAUGUGCUCUAGACACUUUACCUUCUGCAGUGGCACCAGGAAUCUUUAAAUGCAUUCACUUUGACAAUACUCAAGACUUUCAAAUGACAUGCUUAAAGGAAAAAAAAAAACCUGAUUAUGGAUGCCUCGCUUUUUUUUUCUUCAACUAUUCGAUUAAAAAAGAUGACGACGGAGGACGGGAGCAGCUGACUCAGGCGCUGUGGGUGUGUUCUAAACAGGCAAGAGAAAAAAAUGCCAAGAGUCAUCCGUCUUGAAGAGGUGGAUGAACACUGCAGUGAUGUACAGGCCCAGUGCAAACAGGAACUCUCACGGAGCAGCGGCCCCAGUUUAGCAAUGCUUCCAACGUGAGCUGCGACGUGCUCCCAAUCCAUGUACGGGAAAAUGACCUAGCACUUCAGCUUUUUUCCUCAAGACAACUGUUGAGAUUUGAUUUUAUUGCUUUGUGUAGUUUUGUAUUUUCAUGCAAAAAUCUUACUGUACUUGAAUGUCUUUUAUUUUAUUAAAUGUGUUUAAUUUUUUGGUUAUUAUACCCUAGAAUUGCUGUAAUUAUACUCAUGUCACAGUAUCUAACUUCUUUCUGUGAAAGAGACCAGAAAAGAGAGGAAAACACUAAACAUUUUCUCCAGCCAUGUUGACUCUACAUUUGCAAUACAGUAACGUGCUGAUGCUGAACUGUGCUUUCACCAGACUUGCCCACAAAUGCAUUGGUCACAUUUCUUGUUACAAAUAUGGGUUUGAACUUAUUCUAUGCAUAAUUUUGUUUAAAGGGCCUAUAUUUAUUUUGUAUUAUUUUAGGAUGUAGCUUGUGUUGUAGCCGCUUGCCAAGUGUAAGACAUUUUCAAAUGUCAAGCUGCUCAUCACCAAAUAAAGUUUUUAUCUUUUGCCUUUUAUAACUGUAUAUUGUAUUUUGGUAUAACAAGUUGUCCUUUGAUUCCUCAUCAAGAGAAUUAUACACAUCUUUUUUAUAGCUGGGUUAUUUAUCAAUGGAAAGUGAGUAUUGUUUGUAAAGAGGACAAGUCUUGUGAAAGCAUCACUAUUUGUGUUCUCUAUGGCCAACAUGUCUGGAGAAGUGAGAGGCUUUGACUCUACUGAAGCUGAGACAAGUGUCUAUAUACAGCCCUAUAUGGUUUCAUUAUCCCCCCCAUCCAUGUGUACUGGUGAUUGUGGGUUCUCAUACAGACUGAAAUGUAUGCAUGUAUCAUAACAUCUAGACUUAAUAUAUUGUGAAGUAUUCAAUAACCGUUAUGUAGGCGCUAGUGUGAAUUAAAAGGGUUUAAUUUCCUAGAUGAAACAUUGUCCUUUUUUAAAAAUAAACUUUAUUAGCUCAA